GACCGGUGCAUCAAUACUCUGACAUCGGCUACAGCUUAAUCCUGUUAUAUGUUCACUAAUAUAAUAAAGAAAACUGAUUAUAAAGAGGGAAUAAAAUGCAGUCGGAUGACGCGCAGUAUCUAAAACGAAAAAUCCUCCAGGUCCCCUUUCCUACAGCGUCUAUAUGAUGUUCAGAUCCAUCUUUUCACAAUGAGGACGGCUGAGGGACUCGUACACGACUAUUACAAAAGGAAGGUGAAGCCAGGGAAUAUCGAUGUUCACCCCACGGAGAAGGCUCUGGUGGUCCACUACGAGGUGGAGGCCUGCGUCCUGGGAGAAAAUGGAGACUCGGUACUCGAGGAGCGCAAAGAGUGUCAGAAGAUCAUACGACUGAAGAGUCUCAACACCAGCACAGACAUCUCCUCUCUCGCCAGGAAGGUGGUGGACGAAUGCAAACUCAUCCAUCCGUCCAAAGUGGCCGAGGUUGAACAUCUGCUCUUCUACCUGCAGAACCGCAAGAAGGCCAGCAGUAAAGAGAAAGAGGAGAAGAAGUUGGUGAAACCCCGAGAGCUCACUUCGUUCGAGGGGAUGGAGCUCGACGAGGAGGCCAACAUCAAUAAGAUAGAGGAUUACGUCGAGCUGCUGUAUGAAAAAAUCCCAGAUAAGAUCAGAGGCUCCACCCUCAUCCUCCACCUCGCCCGAAAUCCUGAUAACCUGGAGGAGCUUCUGCAGAACGAAACUGCGCUCGGUGCUCUAGCGAGAGUGUUAAGAGAAGAUUGGAAGCAGAGCAUGGAAUUGGCCACCACCAUCGUUUACGUCUUCUUCUGUUUCUCCAGCUUCUCCCAGUUCCACGGUUUGAUCACGCACUAUAAGAUCGGAGCGUUAUGCAUGAACAUUGUCGAGCACGAGCUGAAGAGAUACGACCUGUGGCAGGAGGAGCUGGAGAAGAAGAGCAAAGCCUGUGAAGCAGAUGCCGAUAACCAGAACCUGAAGAAAGAACAUGAAAAGGCCUAUAAGAAAUACCAGAGUCUUCUAGUGAAGCAGGAGCAGCUGCUGAGAGUGGCUCUGUAUCUGCUCUUGAACCUGGCUGAGGACACGCGCACCGAGCUGAAGAUGAGGAACAAGAACAUCGUGCAGCUUCUGGUCAAGACUCUGGAUCGGGAUAACGAGGAGCUCCUGGUGCUUGUCGUCUCCUUCCUCAAGAAGCUCAGCAUCUUCCUGGAGAACAAGAACGACAUGGCGGAGAUGGACACCAUCGAGAAGCUGGGCCGCUUGGUGCCGUGCGAUCACGACGACCUGCUGAACGUCACACUGCGCCUCCUGCUCAACCUCUCCUUCGACACGGGACUGCGAAACAAGAUGGUGAAGGUCGGCCUCCUGCCCAAACUCACCGCCAUGUUGAGCAGUGAGACUCAUAAGCAGAUAGUGAUGUGUAUUCUGUACCACAUCAGCAUGGACGACCACUCCAAAUCCAUGUUUGCCUACACUGACUGCAUCCCUCAGCUGAUGAAGAUGCUGUUUGAAAACAGAGAGGAGAGAAUCGACUCAGAGCUCAUCUCCUUCUGCAUCAACCUGGCAGCUAACAAGAAAAACGCUCAGAUCAUCUGUGAAGGAAACGGUCUGAAGAUGCUGAUGAAGAGGGCGCUGAAGUUUAAAGACCCGCUGCUUAUGAAGAUGAUCAGGAACAUCUCACAGCACGACGGGCCGCUCAAACAGCUGUUCCUGGAUUAUGUGGGUGAUUUGGCAGCUCAGAUCAGCCCUGAAGAAGACGAGGAGUUUGUGAUCGAGUGUUUGGGCACGUUGGCGAACCUCACCAUCCCUGACCUGGACUGGGAGUUGCUGCUCCGCGAAUACAACCUCGUCCCGUACCUCAAAGAGCGCCUCAAACCUGGCUCAGCAGAGGACGACCUGAUCCUGGAGGUGGUUAUACUGAUCGGUACUGUGUCCAUGGACGAUUCCUGUGCUGCCAUGUUGGCCAAAUCUGGCAUCAUUCCUGCUCUUAUAGAGCUUCUUAACGCCCAGCAGGAAGAUGAUGAGUUUGUGUGCCAGAUUGUGUAUGUUUUCUAUCAGAUGGUUUUCCACCAGGCCACCAGAGAUGUCAUUAUUAAAGACACCCAGGCUCCGGCGUACCUCAUCGACCUCAUGCACGACAAAAACGCAGAGAUCAGGAAAGUGUGCGACAACACGCUGGACAUCAUCGCGGAGUACGAUGAACAGUGGGGUUGUAAGAUCCAGUGUGAGAAGUUCCGCUGGUUUAACUCUCAGUGGUUGGAGAUGGUGGAGAGCCGAGAGACGGAGACGGAGACGGAGCCAGAGCCAUUCCUCUACGGAGACACAGAGACGCUGGAACCACCGGACCUGUUCUACAGCGCGGAUGGAAUGCCUCCUGAUGCAGGUCUGAGUCCGGACCCGUACACUCAGUAUGGAGACUUCAGCGCAUGCAAUGGAUCAAACGGCCGCCCUGCCACCGCGUACGGGUUUCGCCCAGACGAGCUGUUCUACCACCAAGUCUCCAGCUAGAGGAACACAAUCGCUGCUCAUACCCGCAGUCCAUUUCAACGCCACGCCGAGUCCAGAAUAAGACGUCCAUUUUAGGGAUUUAAAAUAUACAGAUUAAGAGGAAUCCAGAAUAAAAAUAUUCAGUUUAAAAGGAGUUCAGACUAAAACAUUCAGAUUAUGAUAUCCAGAUAAAGAAGAGUCCACAUUAAGAUAUCUUGGUAAAAAAAAAAAAAAAAAAAAAGGAGUUCAGAUUAAAACAUCCAGAUUGAGAUUUUCAAAUGAAAAAAAAAAAAAAAAAAAAAAAAAAGAGUUCAGAAUAAAACGUCCAGAUUAAGAUGUCUGGAUUAUGAGAAAUCCAGAUUCACAUAUUCAAAUUACAAAAGGAGUUCGGAAUAAAAUGUCCAGAUUAAGAUUAUGAGAAAUCCAGAUUAACGUAUUCAAAUGAAAAAAAGGAGUUCAUAAUAAAACAUCCAGAUUAAGAUAUCCGGAUUGUGAGAAAUCCAGAUUAACAUAGUCAAAAUAACUGGAGAUUAAAACGUCCAGAUUAAGAGGGGUUCCGAUUAACCGAUAAAUCUUCCAGAUAAGAGAAGUACAAAUCAGUCCCAGUUAAGGCAUUGAAAAUACGAAAAUCCCAAUAAAAAAUACUCGAAAUUAGGAUAUACACGUUAUGAAAAGACAAGAUUGCAACAUCUUUUUACAACAACAAAAAAAUGAUGAGAUAUCCAGAUUUGUACAAAUACCAUUCUCCUCCUGCUUUUCGUGGUGAGCGUCACGGUGAGACUAGAUUAAAAUAUUCAGAUUAACAGGAGUCCAGAUUGAUGAUGGAAUGACCUCCAGAUAAAAAGGUCCAAAUUAGAUGUCCAGAUAAAAGAGCUACCUAAUCAAAAAGAUCCAGAUUAGAACAAGGUCCAGAUUAAAACAUCCGAGGUUAAGAAAAAAAUGGUCCAAACAGACCAAAUUUCUCUUUUAAUUUCUAGAAGUUUCUUCAUCUGGAGCAGAGGUGUUCCCGAGCAUCGCUGAUGCGUGAUCACGCUACGACCGUACGUACAGGGUCGGGCGUCACGCCGCCUUUUGGAUUUAGCCUCGUUGAUCAUUUUUUCAGUGUAAUGUUAGGUUAUUUAUAUUAUUUAUAUCAAUUUUUGAACGUCACUUUAAUUGAUUAUUGGUUUGAACUGACUGCACUUUAAUUUUUAUAACAUUAAUACCACUUUAAAACUCUUUAUUCAGUACUUGAAUAUGUUCAUAUUUUUGGCCAGUGUGUUUAAAGAAUCUCAUUAUGUUCAUCUUGCCAGAAUACUUCCGACAUGCUAAACAUUAAUACACUCAUAACUGCUAAAAGCCCUGCUAAAACAAAUAAACAAUAGAAACCCUCAUAGAAUUCGUAAUGGUUUUAAUGGGAAUUGUGUUGGUUUUAAUGGAAACUGUAAUGGUCCUUGUGGGUCUCUCCUGGUAAUCUGUUGCCUUCUAUUGGUGGCAUGUUAUAUCUAGUGGAUACCUUUAAAGACCAAUAAUGGUAAUGUUCAUGGUUUAAUGGUUGAUGGUUUCUAAUGGUAUUUGUAGUGGAAACCAUUAGAAUUUCUGUGAUGGGUUCUAUUGUUUUUCAGCAGGGAGGUUAGUCAUGAAAUAAAACACACACACACACUGACUUUACCUAGACACACAUCCUUCAUCCUUGAUGGCACUAAAAUGUUCGUUUUUUAAAUUCCGUGAUAAAAUCUGCGAAAGUAACGCUAGCUAGCUAGAUAAUUAGGUCAUCUAACGUUAAUGUCACCUCACUGGCGUUACACUACUAGCCAAGUUCACUAACAACCUAGCUAACAUUAAACUAUUUUAUUGCGUAAAUAAAAACAAUUCAUUUUAAUGCUGAACUUUAUAUUGAGCCAAAGAAAUGAGAAUGAAGGCUAGUGCUGGUGCCAUGCGAUACAGUUUGUAAUUUGCAUGAUCGAACUUAACCUAAUCUCCACCAUUACAUGUCUCGGCAAAAUCAAGUCAUGAUAAAAUACCGAAUUUGAAAAAUCUUAACUGUAAACGCACUCUCACUCCACUAUUUUUACCGUCCUGCCGUUCGUGUUUCAUUAUUAGCCUGGUGUAUUAGCCUAGCAUGUAUAGAUUAAUUAAGAUACCGAAAGCUGAACUUUCAGUAUUUCAGAUUACAGUGACUGACGACCUGAGCCAUGUGCUUAUACGAUCUUUUUUGUAGCAGCAACGCAGCCUUUACGUCGAUCUUCCACUCUUUGUACUAAUAACUUUCUGUUUGGAAAUGUUAUCGCUUUUAAAUGUAGCCUGCUUUCCCUAUUUUUUUAGAUAGCGAACGAUACAAGUUUUCCAUUAUAUAUACUUAGAAUUACAGCCUUUAUUUUAGUAAAUUGCUUUAGUGUUUUUAAAAAGCCAUUACAUUCCAACAGCUUAACGAAAGCAACCUAAAAACACAUUACAGCUAUAAUGUAAAUAAUAAAGUCUCCCUGCACUGCAAAAGGAAAAUGUGAAACAUUAAAUAAAUCGAUGUUCAACUAAUCUA